AUGAGAAAUGGGUCCAUUCGUUACAUUUCAAUGGAAAAUUGGAUGGCCUAUACAGGCCCUGUGGUUGUUCAUUCGAGUCCAGGAGUUAACAUCAUCGCCGCAUCUAACGGAUCUGGAAAAAGCGCUAUAGUCUGUGCAAUAGCACUUUCAUUAGGCUUUGAUUUAUCAAUUUUGUCAAGAGCUGAUAGUAUAACUUCAUUCGUCAAAAGAGGGUGCCUGAACGCCAUACUCAAGGUCGGAUUAGCAGAUGAUGAAUCUAAUGAAGAGACGCUUCACAUUGAAAGAAGGAUAUUUUUAACACCACUUUCACUAAAUGAAACUUCAAAAUCUGCCAAAACUAACUCAUCUAAUCAGGAUAAAGAAAAGAAACAAAAAUUUAGUGUUAAAAAUGAAUGGUACCUGAACGGAGAAUCUAGCACAUUAAUCAAUAUAAAAUCACAUCAUAAGAGAUUGAACAUACAGUUGGACAAUUUACUUACAUUUCUAGCACAGGCAAAUGUCGGCAAAUUUGCAGCAAUGACGCAACAACAGCUGUUCAGAUCAACAUUAGAAGCUAUUAAUUUUAAGUUGGUAGAUGAGCUAGAUUACUUGGUUGAUUUAUCUCAAAAGUUAAAGUCAAAGGCGUUUGAGUCUAAACUAUUGCAGGAACAACUUAAUGCAUCUAACCAGAAGUUAUCGGAGCUUAAGAUAAUGAGCGAUACACUGAUGAAGAUUAAAGAUGCAACUCUGUAUAUGAACAUUGUAAAGUUGAAGCUUAAUCAAUCUAAACUGAGUAACAUAAAAAAGGCAAAUGAAACGACCAGACGAAGAAUAGGAGAUACUAACAACGACAUAUACUCACGUGAAAUUAAGUAUAAGAAACUUCAAGCUAAGUACGAAAAGAUACAGAGUUCAACAAGAAGUCUGCUAGAACUAGCUAAGAAUAAUAUUGAGAAGGUCAAUCAAAUAUUCCAAGCUGACAAUUGCAGUAUGACUGCUAACAAUAUGAAUGAUAGUGGACUAAAUGAGCCAGUGCAAAAGGCAUUUUACGACUCGCUGACAAUGAUUAAUUCAUUCUCAAAUGAAGUUCAAAGAUUUGAAUCUACACGGCAAAUUUCUGAAGACAGUGAACAAAGCCUACGAGAGAAAAUAGAAUCGUUGGACGAAGAAAUCAAUUCACUGAAAUCUAAACUGUCCAAUGAUGAUGAAUUAGUGAGUUCAAUAGCGGCGAACAAAAUCAAGGAAGACUCAAUUAGGUAUAACUUAAGGAAAUUUCAAUCGAAAAGAGACUAUGACCCAAGGGCAUUACAGUAUGAAGCACUCUUGAAGAAUUUGUCAUAUACUAAGAGGGAUAUGAUUAUUAGGUACAACAGGUUUUGCGAAGCCAAAUCAAUAGAGCCAAAAAAGUUCAUAGUUAACGACAUAAAGGUCUCAGGAAAACUAAACUGUGCAAUAGUGGAGAAUCUCAUUUGGAGUUACCUAGACUGCGUCCUAUUACACAGUUCUGAAGUCGAUGAUAACCUUAAGUUAAUCAAGGAUUUUAAACUACCAACAGUGACUGCACCAGAGAAGAAUAAUGUUAUGUGUCAAGUAACGGAGAAAAUGAAGUCAUAUGGAGUAGUAAGGUUUGUUCACGAGCUAAUCAAUGCAUCUGAGCCAACCAUUCAAGUCUUAUCAAGUCUGUGUGACAUCAACGAAGCGUUCAUAAUUGAUGAAAAGUUGUAUAAUAGGGUGUUUUUAGCAGAUAAAAAUAAGGCAAAUUCAGAAAAUCUUUUCUCGGAGUUUUACAAAACAAUGUUAGAGGAGAUUAGUCGUCAGACAGGUGCGAGAGUAAGUGAAAUCAAGUAUUUUGUUGGGAAUAAGAAACACAUUCACAAACAUUUCUACAAGUCCAAUUACUUUAUGGAUACGGAAAUGGAAAUUUCUAAGGAUCCUAGGGUGAUAGUAGAUUUCGGAAACUACGGAAAUGACUCUAGAAAUGAAGAAAUGGUGAGACUUGAAAAUGAACUAGAUGAGGUAAGAAGUAUUCUGUAUGACCUGAAUAAGAAACUUAAGGAACAAAACGAGCUUAAUGGUAAUGUUACCAGAAAGAUUUAUGGUUUUACCAGACAAAAAAUAUCAUUAGAAAGAUCAUUGAAAGCCAUAAUUACAAGUGAUAACCAGAGUCUGUCAGGAAGGAAUUGGAAGCAAGAUUUGCAGAAGUUGAAAAAGAAAAGGUUAAAUCAAAUUACCAAAUCUAUUAUCAGCACAGCAAACACAUUGAAGAUAAGAAUACAAAAUGCUGGUGAAGUGAGGAAUAUUCUGAUAGAGGCAGGUGAAUCAUAUGACGAAUACUGUUCAAAAGUGGUUAACAACGAUGAAAUGAACAAAAACCUAGAAAAUUCAAGGAAGGAACUAGAUGAUCUUAAGUCAACCCUAAGUCUUUUACAAAACACGUUUGAAGAACAGAAAGAAAUGAUUGAACGUUAUAAGAGUACCAUAAAUGAAGUAAAAGAAUCCAUAAAGAAUGCAGAACAGUUAUUUGACUCUGAUUUGUUUGAAGAGUCCACUAAUAACUUCAAUGACGUGAAGAAACAGUUUGAGAACAAGUUGACCAACUUAACAGAUUCUGAACUAGAGAAGGAACUAAUUAAGGCAGAAGAGCAGGUUAAAAAAUUGGAAACUGAUGAUUUUGAGGAGAUUCAGCUUGUUAAGAUGAUCCAAGACGAAAGAACUCAGAAGGAUAAGAUUAAACAGAGCCUGUACGAAAACAGAAUUGAAGUCUCAAACUCGAAUGUGCAAAUGAAUGAAAGAUAUGCAUUAUGGGAGUCGAGUGUAAAACAAUUAGUUGAAGAAAUCGAUUAUAAGUUUGGACAGUAUAUGAUGUAUAUAGGAGAUGGAUCGGGAGGUCAAGUCAGACUAGAUGUAGAUAUGGAUAAUAUCAAAGAAGCUAAGAUGAGAAUUUUAGUAAAAUUUGAUAGAGAAAAGGAUCUUCUACCUCUCACAACAUCAUAUCAGUCAGGAGGAGAAAGAGGAGUAACGACAAUGGUAUACAUUCUUUCAGUGCAGAACCUAACCAAUAACCCGUUCUUCGUUAUUGAUGAAAUCAACCAAGGACUUGACUCACAUUAUGAAAGAAAUUUAAUGAAAUUAUUAUUGGCAUCGUCAGAAAAUAACACAGAAUUUUCACAAGGGAAAUCUACACCUCAAUACUUCAUAUUAACACCCCAACUGAUUUCAGGAUAUGACCUAUCCAAGGCAACGCUUCAUUUUCCACUAAAUGGCCCAGGAAUCGAACAAAACAUUGAAUUAUCAAAUUAAUUUUAAAUAAUGUGUAACAUAUUCCA